AUGACCGAAAAUUUGAUAGAAUUGGUUAGAAAAUAUCCAUGCUUAUAUAAUACGAAGGAUAGUUCAUAUAAAGAUAUAUCAAUGAAGGCAAAAUUGUGGGCACAAAUCGGAGAAGAAAUUAAUGAAACUGGUGAAGUAGCUAAAAAAAAAUGGAAGAGCUUGAGGGACAAUUAUAUGAGAUACAAAAAAGAGGUUGCAGGUACUACAGGACAAGCUGCAAAAAAAUUUACAAAAUGGCCUUGGGCUUCCCAGUUACAGUUCCUUGACUCAACUCUGACAGAUCGAGAAACAACUUCAAAUAUUCGAGAACCUACAUCAGAAACAUCGUCAGCUAUAGAAACUCAAUCUCCAGAGACGCCUCCACCACAGACACCUCCACCAAGAACACAAAGCGCACCCCCGCCAGAAACACCUCCGCUAGAGACGCCCCAAACAAAUGACACAAAUAGUUCACGAGCUAAGAAAAUAAAAAAAACUGACAGCGAAAUGGAUAAAGUUAUAAAUUUUCUUCAAAAUAAAAAAAAACAAGAGUAUGAUGCCAUAGAUCACCUAUUCCAAAGUUAUGCCCAAACAUUUAAAAGUUUUUCCAAAGACAAACAGAUAAAAGCCAAAGUAGAACUAGCCAAGUUAUUUGCAAGCAUAGAAACAGAGGAACUGCAAGAAAACGUCCAGAUAUUGAAUUCACCACAUUAUUCCAUUAUUAGUACCGAAGACUCCGUCUGCUAUGCAGUACCCAAUUCUGUGCCCGAAGAUUCAUCCCCAGUAGCUGUUAUAGAUUUAUCUAACAGUACUUCAUCAUACCUGCAACAGCCUGAGCAGCUACGUCAACCACUACGCGAAAUCGAUAUUUCAGGAGCAUCGACAUCUGAUUACAACUCAGCUGAUUUUGAUUGA